AUGAAGCGCGAGCCGUCUAUUGAGUCACAGGGCAACCCUCCAUCGUCUCCAUCCCACUCGUCCCCGGCUUCCGGCUCGUAUGUGCCUUCGCCGGCUGCCAAGUCGCCACCGAAGAAACGUGCCAAAGUCAAGACCGAGACCAAGCCGAACGUUGCCACUUCCUCCCGCAGGGCGAGGGAUACCUGGACCACCGACAAGUGCGCGGAGCUCAUUGAGCUGGUGAUCACCGAGGGUCUGAAGAAGGGUGACGUCGAUGGAAUCGCCGCUACGCUCGGCGUCACUCGCAAGCAAGUCACCGACCAGCUGUGCCCUAACCGCUCCAACCUUCGUGCGACCACUAUCAGGGCUGUUCGUGCUGCUAAGCGGUAG